AUAAAUAAUAGCAUGGCCGGCAUGAAAAAGGAUCACAGGAAAGUUUUCAAGUACAAUAUCUUGUGCAGGCUUUUCUUCUGUUGGAUUGAUCCUUUGCUGUGUGUCGGUUGUCGCCAGAGUCUGACUCAGCCUGAUCUGUAUCCACACCCUCACGAAUGUGACUCAUCAUAUCUGCAUAACAAAUUCAAUGAAUAUUGGUCAGAGGAGCUCUCAACUAGAGGCUCAGCUAAUACAAGACUGUGGUGGAUCAUACUGAAAUGCUUCUGGUGGAGAUCACUGCUAAUCCAAACCCUAACAUUAAUACUGAUAGCUGUAUUCAUAGCACAAUCGGAGAUACUGGGUCUAGUAACUGAUUACUUUUCACUUGAAGCCCCUACAGCAGAUGAUACCAGUACUGCAUAUCUUUAUGCCUCUCUUCUUAUUCUGAUGUCGGCCUCAAUGGUUUUUCUUAACCUGGUGUUUUAUGCCGGUCGUAAAUUCGGAGGACUAGUUAGGAUUUUAUUGACAAAUGCAAUUUAUUAUAAAGUAUUGAAGUUAAGUCAGAUGACAUUGAGUCAUGUGACUAUGGGUCAUGUGAUCAACAUUGCUUCAAAUGAUGUUCAUCGCUUUGAUGAAAGCAUGAUAUUCUUUCCUUUCUUUCUGGUAUUUCCCAUUCACCUGUGUGUAGUGGUCUACCUCUUGUACUUAAAGAUACAGUGGAGCUCAAUGGUUCUUGUUGGUGUAGUAUUAGCAUCAAUACCAAUUCUUAUUGUAACAUCAAUUAUAUACUCCAGUUUUAGAUUCAAAGCAGCUGCAGUCACUGAUAAUAGAAUUAAAGUGAUGAAUGAAAUCAUCAGUGGUAUCAGAGUCAUCAAAAUAUACAGAAUAUGGUGA